GCACCACUCUCCGUACUCUCCGGAUCUUUCUUUCAGCCUUGAGCUAUAAGAGCGCGCCAUAGAGCUAACGAAAUGCUCACCAGUGUUUCCACUGUUCUUCCUCUUCACUAAUAAGUGUUUCCGUCAAAAUGACUACUACAAAACCCACCGACGCCACUACUUUCUUUGUCGACUUCAUGAUGGGAGGUACUGCAGCUGCUAUAUCAAAGACCGCAGCCGCUCCCAUUGAACGCGUCAAACUUCUUAUACAGAACCAGGGAGCUAUGAUUGCUUCCGGAAGGCUCGACCGCCCCUAUAAAGGCAUUACCGACUGCUUCAAACGAACCGUCUCAGAAGAAGGGGCCAUUAGCUUAUGGAGGGGUAAUGGGACUAACGUGCUCAGAUACUUCCCUACCCAGGCCCUCAAUUUUGCAUUCAAGGACAAUUUCAAGCAAAUGUUUGGUUUCAAAAAAUCAGAACAAUUCGGUUUGUGGGUUUUUGGUAUGCAGCAUGUUCCUUUGCAUUUUCGAAUGGAUAGCCAGAACGAGUUGUCAGGAAACGUCGCCAGUGGAGCAGCCGCUGGAGCAUCUUCCUCAGUCUUCGUGUAUUCGCUUGAUUACGCCCGCACACGGUUAUCUGCUGACGCCAAGACAGCUAAAGGGGGACAACGUCAGUUUUCCGGUUUGAUGGACGUAUACAGGCAGACUCUCCGUUCCGAUGGGGUUGUUGGCCUGUACAGAGGGUUCGUGCCCAGUGUGGUUGGUAUCUGCGUGUACCGAGGUCUCUACUUCGGAGGGUAUGACACAAUUAGAGACACGUUUCUAGUAGGAAAUCUGCGUGGCAACUUUAUUGCGUCUUUUGCUGUGGGUUGGAUGUGCACGACAGGAGCAGCUUUGGCUGCAUAUCCGCUUGACACCAUUAGAAGACGAAUGAUGAUGACGUCUGGGGAAAAGGUACGAUACAAGUCCUUUAUGGACGCUGGACGGCAAAUCAUGGCCAAAGAAGGUACAAGGGCAUUGUUUGGUAGGUCAAAUGUAUACUGGAGUGGUACUGUUGAGUGUCUGACACGCACGAUAAAAGCUGGGGCAGGUGCAAAUAUCCUUCGUGGGGUAGCUGGCGCGGGUGUGUUAUCGUUGUACGACAAGUAUGGCUGUCCUGCAUCCACUAGUUAUCACAUCACCUAACUCUGAAUGCUUCUGCAGAUUCCAGGAACUUGCUUGGGGAC